CGACGGCGAUCCUUAAGUAAGAAGGAAAAACAAAGCCCGGCGAAACGUCCUUCUCUUCUCCUACGAGAUCUACUUUUCUCUCCCCCUCCCCCUGUCUUGUCCCUACGCUAAUUUCUCCUUAUUUUCGUGUUUCUCUUCUCCCCUCUCAGCCAAACAGCACUUCUCGAGAUCUACCCAACCUCUUCCACCAUGACAUCCUCGGCUCCUCCCGUACUCCCCAUCUCCAACGCUCAGCCCACCGAAUCUCAGGCGGCGGUCGCCACCCCCGCCUUCCGCCUGUUCAUCACCAACAUCUCCGAAUCCCUCAAGAACGGCUUCUCCCAGCGCCGCCCCUGGGCAGAACUCGCCGACCGUUCCGCCUUUUCCAAACCUGAGUCCUUCUCUGAGGCCGCUAUUCGUGUCCGCAAGAAUUAUUCCUAUUUCCGAGUCAACUAUUUGGCGGUCGUUGGUCUGAUCCUUGCUUUUUCACUGAUUACGAAUCCGAUGUCCCUUCUCCUCCUGCUUGGCCUUCUCGCAUCCUGGAUCUUCCUCUACCUAUUCCGCCCGUCUGAUCAGCCACUUGUUCUUUUUGGCCGGACCUUCUCCGAUCGCGAGACACUUGGACUCCUCAUCAUUUUCAGCAUCUUUGUUGUCUUCCUCACCAGUGUCGGCAGCAUUCUCAUCUCAGCUCUAUUGAUUGGAUCUGGUCUCGUCUGCGCUCAUGCUGCCUUCAGGGUCCCCGAGGAUCUCUUCCUGGAUGAACAAGAACCAGCGGCCUCCACCGGUUUCUUGUCCUUCCUCGGAGGUGCUGCUUCCAACGUUGCUGCUGUAGCUCCUGUUGUUGCCGCACGCGUUUGAAUGUGAUCCAUAGAUCAAAGGUAGUUCCCUCGUAUAAUUCAUUGUCGAAUUAAUUGACUAAAGGUUUAGAUCUUCGGUAGACAAUAAAAUUUUCGGAUUGGAACUUUUGGGGGAUAUUAUAGAGUGCGGUUAAUAUUGUUGAAAUUUAUAUGAAUCUGAAUUUUUUCAUUUACGUACGCUGUGGAUCUAUCAUCUAUGAAUAUAUUCUUCUCUUAAAUCAUACAAUUUGUAAUUUCAUUUACGAACACUUAUAUACUAUCAUUGUAAAAAUCUUCUCUUUGUUUCCUUAACUGCGCAUUUGUGAAUGAAUCUCUUAUCUGUUA